CAGAACAAUCUCAGGGCGGCGCUGUUUUUUUCUUUUUCACAUUCACAUCGUCAUCACAGACCCUCGAUCGCCAUUGGGCGGUCCUUCAAUAAGCUGGACGACUUGACAGUGGUGAAAAGCACCUCCGUCAGUGCGGUCGUUUUUUCCUGUCGACUAUUAUCUGGACUACAUUUGCAAAGCCGUGUUUUGGACUCUUUUCGACGCCGAAAUCGGAGUGGCCAAAAGGCGCAUUCGGACGUCGACCGAGGUGCAGUGAGCGCGCAUGAGAACAAUGAGGUCCAUUGUCUUAACGCAGCCACGGCAAAGGUGCGUGCUGCUCGUUCUUCUUUUCCUUCUCUCUUCCGUUCACCAAAUAUCCACCUCCGUGACCCAUUAUUCCAUACCGGAGGAAAUGAAAGAGGGAUCGGUUGUUGCCAACCUCGCAGCCGAUCUGGGAUUGGAUGUGAAAACGCUGACGCAGAGGAAGAUGCGCCUGGACAUUAUUUCGAACAAAAAAUAUCUGGAGGUCAACAAAGACACCGGGGAGCUCCUCAUCGUGGAGAAGAUUGACAGGGAAUAUUGUCCGACAAAGUCGUCAGCCUCAUGUUAUCUGAGACUUGAAGUGAUUCUGGAGAACCCGUUAAGAAUUUUUAACAUCGAAGUUGAAAUCAUGGACAUGAACGACAACGCCCCUCAAUUUCGGAGAGACGCCAUUCAUUUGGACAUUUCUGAAUCGACAUCAAAAGGAGAGAGAUUGUCUCUCAGCAAUGCAGUUGAUCCGGACGUUGGAAGUAAUACAGUGAAAACAUAUCAUCUGAGUGAAAGUGAGCAUUUUAAUAUCGAGGUUCAGACGGGGAGGGAAGGAACAAAACUCGCAGAUUUGAUAUUAAAGAAGACAUUAGACCGGGAGCAGCAGGCUGUGCACAAUUUAAUACUGACGGCAGUAGAUGGCGGUGCGCCCCCGCGUUCUGGCACAGCGAGUAUUAUAGUUCAGGUAUUAGACAACAACGAUAACGCCCCUUUGUUUGACAAGUCGAUCUACAGUGUCAAAAUCAUGGAAAAUGCUCCCAUUGGAAGCCUUGUUAUUGAUCUGAAUGCGACUGACUUGGAUGAGGGCUCCAAUUCGGAUUUAACGUAUUCCUACAGUUUAUACACGCCUGAGAAAACACAAGAGACUUUUCAUUUAAAUCCUUCGACGGGUGAGAUUACUGUGAAGGGAAUGUUGAAUUACGAAGAGUUUCGGAUUUAUGAUAUGGAAGUCAUAGCAGCAGACAAAGGAGUCAAUAGUUUAUCAGGCCAGUGUACAAUCAAAAUUCAAGUCGAGGACAUGAAUGACAACCACCCCGAAAUAUCGAUAAAGUCAUUCCGAAGUCCGGUCAGUGAGAAUAUCGCCGUGGACACGGUGAUAGCAGUGGUCAGCGUGAGCGAUAAGGACUCGGGCGACAACGGACUGGUGGAUCUGCACAUUCCACCAGAUACGCCUUUCCGACUGAGGGAGUCCUCCGACGACUAUUACCAGUUAGUGGUUUCGGAGCCCUUGGACCGCGAGAAGGUUCCGGAAUACGACAUCACCUUCACGGUGACCGACAGAGGCUCGCCCCCGUUAAGCGACAACGAAACCGUGACCUUACAGCUGCUGGACGUGAACGACAACGUGCCGCACUUCCCUCGGUCCUUCUACAGCAUCCGCGUGCCGGAGAAUAACGCUCCCGGCGCCUUGCUCACGUCCCUCAGCGCCUUCGACCCCGACCUCCACGAGAACCAGUACCUGGUUUACUUCAUUGUGGAGAAGGAGAUCGCCAACACCUCCAUGUCCAUGCUGUUCUCCAUCAACCCGGAGAACGGCAACCUUUACGCGCUCAAGACCUUCGACUACGAGAUGGAGAAGGACUUUCUUUUCCACGUCGAGGCCAGAGACUCGGGUUCGCCUCCGCUCAGCAGCAACGCGAGCGUCCGCGUGGCGGUGGCCGAUCAGAACGACAACGCUCCGGUCAUCGUGUCUCCGUGGCGGGCGCACGGCUCGGCGGUGGAGGAGAAGAUCCCCAGAUCCACGGAUAAAGGCUCUCUGGUGGCCAAGGUGAUCGCCUUGGAUGUGGAUUCCGUGCACAACUCGCGCAUCACCUACCAGUUCCUGCAGGUGAGCGACGCCUCCUUGUUCAGUCUGGACCAGUACAACGGCGAGAUCCGCACCACCAGGAUGUUCAGUUACAAAGACUGGCGCCACCAGAGACUGGUGGUGGUCGCCAAGGACAACGGGGAGCCCGCUCUCUCCGCCACGGUCACCAUCAAGCUGUCCACGGUGGAAACGGCCGCCAAGGCCUACUCGGACGGCGGCGGGGCGCCCCCGGAAUACGACAUCUUCUCCGACCUCAACCUGUAUUUGCUCAUCGGUCUGGGCUCGGUGUCCUUCCUGCUGCUCAUCACCAUCUCGGUCACCGUCGUGCUCAAGUGUCAGAAGGUCGAGCCCGGCAAUAUGGCUCCUCCGUGCAGGAACAGCGUGAUCAGCGAGAGGAACUCCACCGUGGCGGAUUCCACUCUGGUGUCCAACGACGCCUACUGGUACAGUCUGUUUCUAGCCGAGACCAGGAAAGGAAAGCUGGUGGUCAGGCAGCCCGCGCCCAAGGGCUCCAGAUACUUCGUGUCCAGUAUUCCCAGGAGCGCGGCCGGGUCCGCCACCAGCGACUCCGCCCCCUCCACCUUGCAGGUAUGA